AUGGGCCUAAGCUCCCGCACAAGAACCAGAACAAACACUAGCGCCAGCACAAGAGCCACUCCAGCUCCAGCUACAGCUCCAGCUCCAGCUCCAGCUCCAGGCAGCAGCACCAGCACAAGCCUAAGCACCUGGACAGACACAAGCACCAGCACCAGCACCAACGGCAAUACCACCACCAGCACCAGCACUGGCACUAGCACUAGAACCAGCUCCAGCACCAGCACUAGCCCCAGCCCCAGCACAAGCACCAGCACUAGCAAAAGAACUAGUACAGGGACCAGUACAAGCCACUGGAACCGGCACAGGCCCAAGCUCCAGAACAAGCACCGGUACGAGAACCUGCAACAGUCCAACACCACCACCAGCGCAGGCCCCAGCACCAGCACUAGCACCAGAACCAGAACCAACACUAGCGGCAGCACUAGUACAAGCACCAGCACAAGUGGAGACACCUGCCCAGGCACCAACACAAGCACCAGCACCACCACAAGCACCAUGUCCAGCACAAGUACCAGAACCAGCACCACCACCAGCACCACCACCAGCACCACUACCAGCCAAAGUAAUAGGAGAGGCACAAGCGCCAGCACCAGCACCAACACCACUACCAGCACUAGUAUAGGCACCUGCACAAGAGCUGGCACCGGCCCAGGCACCAGCACCACACCAGCACCAGCACCAGCACCAACACCACCACCAGCCAAAGUACCAGAACAGGCUCAAGCGCCAGCACCAAUACCAACACCAGCAAAAGCACAAGUUACGGCACAGGCACUAGCACCAGGACCAGAACCAGCACAAGCACAAGCACCAGCACUAACACCAGCACCGUUACCAGCACCAGCACCAGAACCAGCACCACAAGCAGCUCCAGCACCAGCACCAGACUAAGUACCAGGACAGGCACAAACACUAGCACAAGCACCAGCAGCAGCAACACCAUCACAACCAACACCAGCAUUAAGCUAGGCCUAAGCGCCAGCACCAGCACCAGUACAGGCAACAGC